CAUCCCGACUGGCUGGCAAACCUGGUCAUGGUCGAGAAGAACAAAGACGACCCAACUGCUACCAAGGUGUGGCGCAUGUGUAUCGAUUACACCAGCCUGAACAAGGCAUGUCCCAAAGAUCCUUUUCCAUUAAUGUCUUUUGUAAACGCGUACUCUGGUUUUCACUAGAUACCGCUGAACCCUAAUGAUCAAAUAAAGACAUCAUUUAUCACCCCGUUCGGGGCUUAUUGCUAUCGUACUAUGUCGUUUGGUUUGAGAAAUGCAGGGGCUACUUAUCAAAGAUGCAUGCAGAAAUCCUUGCACGAUCAACUCGGCAAAAAUGUGCAGGUAUAUGUCGAUGGUGUCGUUAUAAAAACCAAGGAGAGCGCCACGCUCCUGGAUGAUAUCCGGGAAACAUUCACGAAUCUGAGGAGGUUCCGAAUGAAAUUAAACCCGGCCAAAUGCACAUUCGGUGUGCUGGCGGGAAAGUUGCUUGGGUUCCUCGUAUCAAGCCGGGGUAUAGAAACGAACCACGUGAAGAUUGCCACGAUAGAAAGAAUGAAACUGCCGAAAUGCCUCAAGGAUGUGCAAAAAUUCACUAGAUGCCUAGCAUCAUUAAGUCGUUUCGUUAGUCGGCUGGGUGAAGGCAAUGCCCUUAUACUAGCUGAUGAAAAAAACCGACAAAUUUGUGUGGACGCAAUAGGCAGACGUAGCUUUUCAAGAGUUGAAGAAGAUGAUCGCUACAGCACCGAUAUUAGCCUCGCCAAUGGAGAAGGAGCCGAUGUUGUUAUACAUAGCAGCAACAAACCGAGUCGUGAGUGCCGUCAUAGUGGUGGAAAGAGAUGAAGACGGCAAAUCGGUGCAAAGGCCGGCAUAUUACUUGAGCAAGGUGCGAUCGUCGUCUAAGCAGAAUUAUCCCCACUACCAAAAAAUGGCAUACGGCGUCUACAUGGAGGCAAAGAAACUGAAGCAUUGCUUUGAUGCACAUCAAAUCCGAGUUAUAUGUGAGACGCCCGUCUCGGAAAUCAUGAAUAACAAAGACGCGAGCGGCCGUAUAGCAAAAUGGGCUUUCGAGUUAGCACCCUAUGCGUUGCAAUACGAUAGAGGGAUGCCGUGAAAUCUCAGGCUCUGGCGGAUUUCUUGGUGGAUUGGGCUGAGAUGGAGUAUGAGCCGCCACCGCCAGAAACUAGCUACUAGAAGACGCACUUUGACGGUUCCAAGAUGAAAAGCGGGCUUGGUGCCGGCAUAGUUCUGACCUCGCCAAAAUGCGACCAACUUAAAUACGUGUUGCAAAUUCACUUCGCAGCAUCCAACAAUGUUGCCAAGUAUGAGGCGCUUGUGAACGGACUGAAAAUGGCAAAGGAAAUUGGAGUCCGUCAAAUUCAAUGCUUUGAUGAUUCCGAUCUGGUAGUCCAGCAAGCCUCCGGCAACUGGGAUGCGUUGGAUGCCAAUAUGGCGCUAUACCGGUUCCAUGUUCAGAAAAUCAGUGGCCACUUCGAAGGGUGCGAGUUUCACAAUAUACCGCGGGCGGAGAACGAGGCAGCCGACACAUUGUCAAAACUCGGCUCGACACGACAGGCCAUUCCAGCUGGCGUGGCAUUGGAGCAUUUACGCAAACCAUCCAUUAAGCCAUCACCAGAAUCGGAGUCGAUAUUUAUCCCGGCGAGCUCAGAAGCCGACGUCGUCCCCAUGGACAUUGAUAGUGGCAGCGGUUCCGGUAACCCGGGGACUGAGCGCCUUAACUCGGCAGAAGCAAUGGCGGUUGAGCCAAUGGAGAUAGACAUACCAGAUGAGUCGAUUUUUACCACUCAUCCCAUGCCGGCUUGGGCGCAACCAAUAAUGUCCUACCUCAAAGACAGGAGUCUCCCGGAAGAGGAAGUGUCGGCAAGGCAAAUUCAGAGAAGGGCGAAGGCGUACACCAUCAUCAAUGGCGAGCUAUACAAGAGGAGUGUCACUAAUGUCCUCCAGCGAUGCGUCGAGCCGGAAGAAGGGCAAGAGAUACUCCUGGAUAUUCAUCAGGGAGAGUGCGGCGAUCAUGCAUCUUCAAGAACGCUAGUGGGCAAGGCAUUCCGACAUGGUUUCUACUGGCCGAGUGCACUACAGGAAGCAGAAGACAUAGUCAUGAAGUGUAACGGCUACCAGAGAUAUGCCAGCAAGAUUCAUAUGCCGGCAUCCGAGCUCAAGACUAUUCCAAUCACUUGGUCAUUUGCUAUUUGGUGUUUAGAUAUGGUGGGACCUUUCAAGUGGGCGUGAGAAGGCAUGACGCAUAUCUUGGUCAUGGUCGACAAGUUCACCAAAUAGAUUGAGCUAAAGCCGAUACGAAAAUGUGACGGCAAGACCGCGGUGUCAUUCCUGAAGGACAUCAUCUUGAGAUAUGGGUACCCGCACAGUGUUAUCACGGAUAAUGAAACGAAUUUCGCGGAGGGACCUUUCGCACGAUUUUGUGCGGAACAGAAGUUCCGGCUGGAUAUCGCUUCUGUAGCACACCCUCAGUCCAAUGGACAAGUUGAAAGGGCAAACGGUACGGUUUUAGCCGGCAUAAAAACUCGGUUGAUUGAACCAUUGGAACGUACUCUGGGAUGCUGGCUGGACGAACUCCCGGCUGUGCUAUGGAGUCUCAGGACGACUCCCAAUCGCUCCACAGGCUAUACGUCAUUCUUCCUCGUAUACGGGGCGGAAGCUGUCGUACCAGCCGACAUUAAACAUGACUCCCCGCGAGUGACCAUGUAUACCGAAGCCGAGGUAAAAGAGGCCCGAGAAAAUGAUGUCGACCUGCUCGAAGAAGCACGGGAGUUAGCUCUAUCUCGGUCGGCCAUGUAUCAACAGCACCUAAGGCGUUAUCACAGCCGAAAGGUCAACCCACAGGUAUUCCGGGAAGGAGACCUCGUCGUCCGACUUGUGCAGCGCACAGCCGGCAUGCAUAAACUAUCACCCCCAUGGGAAGGACUCUUCAUUGUGAGCAGAGCACUUCACAACGAUUCCUACUAUCUUAUAGAUGCGCAAGAUCACAAGGCGAACAGGAUGGACCGAUCAGGCGAGGAGACCAAAAGGCCAUGGAACGUAGCUUUGCUUCGUCCGUUCUAUACUUGAGAGAUGAGUAUUAGUAUCAUUUUCUCCUUAUGUUGAAUGUCUUGGGACAAUGAAAUUAUCCGCCGAGUUCUUAAAAGGAAAUCGGGGACUUCCAUGUUAUUUAAGUAUUGCAAUCAAUUAUCUUUUGUAUGUCGGCAUGGCUUAGUUGUGUAAUCUUAUGUCGGUUUAGUAGUGUGUCGUUA